AUGGAUCGCAUUCAAAAGCUAGAAAAAGAAAUAAAUAGCUUGCGUAAAGCUUUACAAGAGAAAGAAAGUGAAUUAUUUGAAAUGAAAAGUAAUUGGAUGCCGGUACAUCCAAAUAAUAAUUUAAAUCAAGGUUACACUGCACAAUGUGAACAACUUAACAUGAAAAAUGUGACCAAAGUAUUUUAUGGUGAUAAUCUUCCUAAGUGGGCUAUUGAAAGGUACAGUCGACAAAUACUUCUGCCGGAUAUCGGAGUUCAAGGUCAGGAGAGGCUAUGUGCUGCGAAGGUGCUGGUGGUGGGCGCUGGGGGGCUCGGAUGUCCAGCGUCAGUUUACCUGGCCGGCGCUGGUGUUGGUGAAAUCGGGAUAGUGGAUUAUGACAACGUGGACCUCACAAACAUUCACAGGCAGAUCUUGCAUACAGAAAGGGAUCAGAAUAUGAGUAAAGCUGAGUCAGCUGCGGAAACAUUGAGAAGCAUCAACUCCCAUAUCAAGAUCACUCCGUACACCGUCCAGCUGGACUCGGACAACGCCCUGGGUAUUGCGUCUAGAUACGACGUGAUCCUAGACUGCAGCGACAAUGUGCCCACUAGGUACUUGCUGAACGACGUGUGCGCGAUCGCUAAGAUACCGUUAAUAUCUGGCAGUGCUUUGAAAAUGGAAGGUCAACUGACGGUAUAUGGAUAUCGAGCUGAGAGAAACCACAAUGAGAAGGAUUUAUCGCACCAAGGUCCAUGCUACCGCUGCGUGUUUCCAAACCCCCCACCAGCGGAGGCAGUUGGCAGUUGUUCGGCAAAUGGAGUGGCGGGGCCGGUGCCAGGAGUUAUUGGUGCUUUACAGGCUUUGGAAGCGAUCAAACUAAUUGUUGGGCAAACACACGAGAAGUUACUCGUCGGGAGGUUACUCAUUUUUGACGGCGAGGACGUCUCCUUUAGAACGGUUAAACUCCGGCCACGUAAUCCGCAGUGUGCCGCCUGUUCAGAAUCACCGACCAUCACCCGACUUGUCGAUUACGAAGCGUUCUGUAAAGCGCAAGCCAAGGAAAAGAAAAAGCAAGAAGCCCGCCUCAAAACCCAGCGCCGUAGAGAGGAGAAAGAGAAGCGUAUGACGGGACAGAGUUACUACGGUUUCCGGACCACAAAAAUCCCUGACGGCGACAAGAAGAAAUGGAUACAGGAUGUCCCGAAAUCCGAAAGGAAGAUGGGGCCACGUUGUAAAUCGGAGUUUUGUGCGAAAGGGACGUACAGGCAUUGCUCGAGCAUAACGGAAGAGGGUCGAGCGAAAUUGUUCCAUCACUUCUGGAAUGAGUUAGACUGGAAGGGGAAGAAGAAUUUUGUCAGGUCUCUCGUAGAUACAGUUCCACCGAAGAGGAGACGAUUAAAACAUAAGGGCAUGGUCUCUCGAAAGGGUGAUACGAAGCUGUACCAUCUGAAACAUCAGGAAGAAAGGCUGCCAGUAUGUAGGGUUAUGUUUUUGAACACGCUGGGCAUCAAAGAAGCGAUGGUGAGGUGCUGGCUGAUCGGGGAGAAGCCCAAAUUACCCAAAAAGCCUAUUAAGUCUUUGAACGUGAAUUCGUAUAUAGACAACCUGCCCAAAGCGCCCGCGAGAUGUCAGUACUGUACAGACAUACAGUAUAUAAAUUUGGAUAGUAUAAAAAAUUUAUAUCAACUAUAUAAUAUGUAUGUGAGGGAUAUGAAAGCGAAAGGCGUGGUCCCAGCUUCGAGGAAGACGUUCUCGAAUGUUGCCACCGCGAAAAAUAUAAGGAUAUUCAAGCCGAAAAACGACACGGAUAUAUGCGAUUUGGACCUAGAUCUUCAAAUUCUUUCGCCGGAGUACCGUAUCACGGCCUUGGAAUUGGAGGAGCAGCUGAAGAAGUUGAAUCUUGAGGUGGACUCUAAACAAAAGCAACGCCACCUAUUGGUGGAUGUUCGGAGCGAAGCGGAGUUCAACAUGUGCCGUAUAGAUGGCGCUGUUAACUAUCCAAUCGAUCAGUUUCGCGGCGAAAAGGUGGACGAGGUUUUGCGAAUGGUCAACGAUAAGAAUCAAGUGACGUUCGUCUGUAGAAGAGGAAACGACUCUCAAAUAGCGGCGAAGAUGGUUAUAGACCUCAUUGAUGAAGAGCAUAAGGACAAAGUGAAGGAUCUGGUUGGCGGACUCCACGCUUGGUCGGACAGUGUCGAUGGAGACUUUCCAAUCUAUUGA